GUAGAGGACACUGUUAAGAUGGCGGUGUCUGGGUUGGUGCGGAGACCCCUUGAGCAGGUCUCCGGGCUGCUGAGGAGGCGCUUCCACCGGACGGCGCCGGCAGCGCUGCAGGUGACAGUUCGUGAGGCUAUAAAUCAAGGUAUGGAUGAGGAGCUGGAAAGAGAUGAGAAGGUAUUUCUGCUUGGGGAAGAAGUUGCACAAUAUGAUGGGGCUUACAAGGUUAGUCGAGGCCUGUGGAAGAAAUACGGAGACAAGAGGAUUAUAGACACACCCAUAUCUGAGAUGGGCUUUGCUGGAAUUGCCGUAGGUGCAGCUAUGGCUGGGUUGCGGCCCAUUUGUGAAUUUAUGACCUUCAAUUUCUCUAUGCAAGCCAUUGACCAGGUUAUAAACUCAGCUGCCAAGACCUACUACAUGUCUGGGGGCCUUCAGUGUGUACCCAUUGUCUUCAGGGGCCCCAAUGGUGCCUCAGCAGGCGUAGCUGCCCAACACUCGCAGUGCUUUGCUGCCUGGUAUGGGCACUGCCCAGGCUUAAAGGUGGUCAGCCCCUGGAAUUCAGAGGAUGCCAAAGGACUUAUUAAAUCAGCCAUUCGGGAUAACAAUCCAGUGGUGAUGCUAGAAAAUGAACUGAUGUAUGGAGUUCCUUUUGAAUUUCCCCCAGAAGCUCAGUCAAAAGAUUUUCUGAUUCCUAUUGGAAAAGCCAAAAUAGAAAGGCAAGGGACACAUAUAACUGUAGUUGCCCAUUCAAGGCCUGUGGGCCACUGUCUAGAAGCUGCGACAGUGUUAUCUAAAGAGGGAAUUGAAUGUGAGGUGAUAAAUUUGCGAACCAUCAGACCAAUGGACGUUGAAACAAUAGAAGCCAGUGUCAUGAAGACCAACCACCUCGUAACUGUGGAAGGAGGCUGGCCACAGUUUGGAGUAGGAGCUGAAAUUUGUGCCAGAAUCAUGGAAGGGCCUGCAUUCAAUUUCCUGGAUGCUCCUGCAGUUCGAGUCACCGGUGCUGAUGUCCCUAUGCCUUAUGCAAAGAUUCUGGAAGACAACUCUGUGCCUCAGGUUAAAGACAUCAUAUUUGCAAUAAAGAAAACAUUGAAUAUCUAGUUUAGACUUGAAUAUCAAGUCAUUGGGAUUUAUUUAAAAUACUUGCUGACACUACCUGGAUUGAACUGUAAGAUCUUAUUAUUCAUAAAUGUUUUUGUACUGGGAAGUUUAAAUGUGAUUGUACGUGGAAAAACUCCAUUCUUACUGCCCUAGACUCCAUGCCUCGUUUUAUCUGUUACAACUGCCACUUCUUUGAAUAAGAUUAAUGUAUAAUUUUACCCCCUCACUAGACGGACAAGGUAGGAGUGUGGCAGAGUCCUGAUGAAAGAUAUGUAUAAAAAAAUGACAAUUUGUAUGUAAAAAAAAGCAUAUGAUCUACAUUUACUGCUGGAUUAUUUUGAUAAGGAAUAAAGGAAUGCCUGUAACUAA